GAUACUGGGUAGCCACCAAAGGCGCAUUUUAUUUUUCUUCACCUUUCAGUUGACACUCAACUCUACCCUCAUCCUAUCUCAUUUUAUUACACGCUCACUUCCGAAUUCGAAUCAGAGAUUCGUCCAUUAUAUUUUAUUCUCUACUCAUUCUCUACACCGAGACGCAAACAAUUAUAUUUGCGGUCCAUUUGGCCCCAAUAUUUUUUCUCGAUUUUUUUCCGUACUCAGGUACAUAUCCUCUGACUUUAAGCCUCUCAUUACCGUACUUCGAGUACAACCAUCACCCUUCCGGACUUACCCUCAAUUUGUCUGGCACAGAAAGAGGAAUAGAUAUCAAGACAAGAAUAUCAAACCAUCAAGAUGGCGCCAAGUUUGACCAGAAUCCUCACCACCCUCCUUGCCCUGACACCGUUGGGCACAGUCGCGACUCCUUUGAAUUUAUGGCGACCUUCGGCGGAGGCUAACACAGCAUUGGGAGUUCCUGUAAGCAAUGUCGAGGCAACUGACGUUGUUCCUAACUCGUACAUUGUGGUCUACCACAAUAAUGCCACAGAUGAUGACGUUUUCUCCCACCAAGCAUCUAUCAAGAUAGCCAUUAAGAAGCGAAACUUGGGCAAGCGUGGACUUAAUGGCCAGCUACUCUCCACUAGGGUUCGUACCUUCGCCAUGUCGGGUUGGCGCGCGAUGGCCCUGGAUUCCGACGACCUUAUGAUGAACGAGAUCAACAACAUGGCUAUGGUCAACUAUGUCGAAGCCAACACUUACGUCAAGGUUUCCGCUCUCAUGAACCAAAUUAACGCACCUACUGGUCUCGUUCGCCUUAGCCAUGCUGAUGCCGGUGGAUCGGGCUACAUCUUUGAUGACGCCGCUGGUGAGGGUAUUACUGCCUACAUUGUGGACACUGGUAUCAUGGUUACGCACGAGGACUACCAGGGACGCGCUGUCAUGGCCUUCAAUGCGGUUGAGGGAGAAGAGGCCACGGAUUUGAACGGUCACGGAUCUCACGUUGCGGGUACUAUUGGUGGCGCAACCUUUGGAGUCGCCAAGAACGUCCAGUUGAUGGGUGUGAAGGUCUUAGAUGCUCAAGGUGGUGGCACUAACGCCGAUGUUAUCGAUGGUCUUAACUUCGUCGCUACCAACGCUACCAAGGGAAAGUCGGUCAUGAACAUGUCUCUUGGUGGUCCCGCUUCUAAAGCUGUCAACGCCGCUAUCGAACGUCUCUUUUCGAACGGUGUUGUUCCUGUCGUCGCUGCCGGAAAUGAAGCUCAGGAUGCUGCCAAUGUGUCUCCUGCCAGCAGCCCGAACGCCAUUACCGUUGGUGCGAUCGACCAAACCAAUGAUAGGCGUGCAAGCUUCAGCAACUUCGGCAAGAUCGUUGAUGUCUAUGCCCCUGGUGUAAAUGUGGAGAGCGUUGGUAUUACGAAUAACACCGCAAGUGAAGUCCUAAGCGGUACUUCAAUGGCCUCACCACACAUUGCCGGUCUUGCGGCCUACCUCAUGUCUCUUGAGAACCUUACUGAUGCCACCGCGGUAUCGGAUCGUAUCAAGCAGCUAGGUGCUGCCACAGGGGCAGGCGUCUUACGAAAUGCUAAGGGCACUACCAACGUCAUCGCCAACAACGGCAACCUAUGAUUGAGGGCAUAACCAACAUUGUUUGCAUUACAUUACCUACGGACAUAUUACUAUCAGCGAAUAAUCCAUCAAGGGGAGCGAGAAUCCGCGGAGGUACAUUUAUUGUUCUUAGUUGAAAUGAUCAUGAGCGCAGACGCCAAA